UUCAGAAUCACAGCCUUACCUCUUUGUAUCUGUCUACUAUUCCUGUCUUUCUCAGAGAAAUUCCUGCUAACAAAUAUUGUGACUUCACACUUUACUUGGGAAACAGAUUUCACAUAGCAGUGAGUGAGAGCAGCUUGGGCUUUGUUUUGCCCAGCCACAGAUUUUCUCAAACUUCCAACCCCCUUAUAAGUGAUUUGACAUCAUAGUUUAUUCAGAUGGUCUCUUAGUAACCAAAGAACUCUGCAAACGCACCAGCUGGGGCUGGGUGGGAGAUUAGUAGGGAAUGCAAAGCAAUCCAGCCUGCCACUCAGCUGAACACUGGGCUUCACAGGGGAAUGCAAGGAGCCCAGAAUGGGAAAGAACCGGAGGAAAAGGAAGAGUUGGAGGAACUGGAAGGUGUCAAUGAGGCACUAAUAAGGAAACACCAGCUUCCACUCUCUGCACAGUCAGCCUUCAGCUACAUCCCACCCCGACGCAAGGAACCUCCUGAACUUAGCUAUUUUUACCAGGAGAGCAAGGCAGGAAUUGUUGCCCUGUAUGACUGCGUUUUCAAAAGACCGAUUGGCUAUGAUGCAAAGCUCCAUCGGUGUGACAGAGAACACGCAAAAAGCAGAGGACUUCACAUUAAUGACGAGGAAAAGAAAAGGCCUAUAGCUGUCUUGUCUUCCUCUGAAUAUGGGCGGCAUAUAAACAAGCCUGUGGAAGAGCUAAUCCGAGACUACGUGCGCAUUAAUCAUGUAAAGGCAGAGUUCUACAGAAAAAAUGGAAUAGCUUGCUUGAUAGAAAAAUGAAUCCAACUUAAAAGUCUACUGUGAUAGAUACCUAACAGGAAGAUGGUAUCAAAUUCCUGUAGUGUCCUGCUUGGAUUUAAAGUUCAAAUGUAACAUUGCAAUAUCUUUAUAUAUUUAUUGCUGGGGUUUUAGCUAAAAUCAGGUUUUAUUUUUUAGGUCCUUAAAGCAUGAUGAUACUUGUGUGACUUUCAGUUUAUACUUGUACUAACUUCUCCAUUUUUUUUCUCCUGGAAAAAUUGUGCAAAGAUUUCACCAAAAUAGUGGCUUGACUCUCUUAACACGCUAGGAUAGCCAUGUAUUAAUCUGAAAAUAAUCACCUCUGUCAUGUCUAUGAUUUAUGGAAUAAUUUGUUCUUUUAAUAUUAUCAAAAGGACUUAGUAGCAUGUAUUGUUGCUUAACAUACUUUUCCUUUCAAUUUCAUCUCUUCGUUAAUUUAAUGUUUUAUAAGCAUGUUUGGAAUGCUUAACUAAGGAGGUACCAUUAAAGAAAAAAAAUAUUGAGAAAAGUAUCUAUCGACCUGCUGAUAUACAAAGGAUGCACAUGUGAGCAUUUAUAUAUGAGCUUUGCAUUAGGAAUAAAGAUCAGCUGAUAGAUGGGCACUUCAUAACAAUGAAUUUUCAGUGCUGAAUACAAACAUUAAAGCUUGACAUUAAUCUCAUCUCUUGAAAUUGAAUAGUUUUGUUUUAAUUGCUGUUUGUAGUGGAAUUUUUGUCAAAGCUACUAGAUACUAGGACUAGCCACAGUAUGAGUUGAUAUAAGCCCCAUUUAAUCUGCAUUUUCUAUCAGCACAGAACAACAUUUAGGAGAAGGGGGAAGUGCCAAUUUUAAUCAGGA